AUGAAUGCCAGUCUUUUCCUUCCUCCUGAGAAUACAGAGCAAACCUGGCCUUUUUUGCCAAUUAUCUGUGGGAGAUGGUCUAAAGAUCAACACACCUCCAGCUUCAACGAGGUCGUGCAAUACCUCAAAAAGGCCAUCGAUUCUCACAAAAAGCUGCGUAUCAAGGCAAAAACCAUCAGCUACAGACUCAUGAUGGUAGGAGCCUCGUCCGAGAGCGCAAAGCCAUCUGUAUUGGUUGUGUGCAGUGAAAAACACUUGGACCCUCUCAACUCAUUGCUCGAGAAGAUGCCAAGACAAGAAUAUAAUUGCAUGAUACCAUCGAUACGGGACCGUGCGCACAUAUUUCGACUUCGAGAUGGAGGCUUGUCUAGGAUGUCAAACUUGAGACCCAUCCUGUGGCUUUAUCUAUGCCCCACUGGGCUCAAGAGGUUCGACGGUGUACCUGCGAGCAUUCAAUGCUCCUUGUUCACAACCAUGUGCGGAUCUUUGAUCACAUCCGAAGGCCGUCAAUCAACGAUCUCAUUGACGUUGGAUAUCGGUGGGGAUGACUACCUUCUCACUGUCGAGCACGUAUUUCAGGACGACAAUUCAGAAGAUGACAACAAUUCAGAAGAUGACAACAAUCCAGAAGAUGACAACAAUCCAGAAGAUGACAACAAUCCAAGAAAUGACAAGUCUCAAAUGAGUUCAGACCCAGAAUCUCAAGCGCCAAUUGAGGGAAAGAUUGAACAAGGGGACUGUCUCAACGAAAGCAAAGAUGAUAAACCAACGGACUCAGACCCCGACCCGGAUCAUGAUAACACACAAAUGGAUCGAAAACUACCAGCGACUUCCGUCGACUGCAACCCAUCUCAAGCGAGCUAUGAACUAACGAGGGCCAAAAUUGAGGCCUCUGCCCGGCUCUCCCAGUCUCACAAACAACAUCAAGGUGAGCGGGUCGAACCUCCAAACAGUCUACCUCAUCAGAGCCCAUAUCUUGACUGGGCAUGUCUGCGCCUGGUCGAUUAUCAAAUGUCGCCAAUGCAACGAUGCAAUUUUCUGUUGCGACCCGGGAAACGCCCAGGUCUAUUGAAAGACGUCGCCACCAAACCCCGUACUCAUGCGGUUCCAGUUUUCAUGAUAUCUGGAAUACUCGGAGUGAGAUCCGGUCGAUUGAUUGAUUCCCCCAGCUAUCUUGGCUCCUCCAAGGGGCAAGAUCUUUGCGAAACAUGGACAAUUAUUCUUGACAAACAAGAAGGUUUUUACCCCGGUGAAAGUGGUUCCAUUGUAGUCGAUCAACAGACACUUGAAAUAUAUGGUCACUUAGUUGGUUCAGACAUGUUCGGGUAUGGACAUGUCGUCCCAUUCUCGCACACCAUUGAGCAAAUAAAAACGGCCUUUGGUGUUGCCAACGUCGAGCUCCCGACUCGGACAAACAGCGGUUCGCACCAAGAAGGCAACAUGGGAAACAAGUAUGAUGAAAAGUUGGCGCUUCUCCUGCGUGCUGAAAGGCCAGAUAUAACCGAGGUCCAAGGGCUCAUCGAACGGGGCGCCGAUGUGAAUAAACCUAACUUCAUGCGCGAGACGCCGCUUUUCAAAGCUGCGAGCGGAGGGAACCGGGACAUUGUCGAGCUCCUUCUUGAGAAUGGUGCAGAUUUAUCUAUACCUGAUGUUGAUGGUGCGACACCGCUCAUGGAGGCUGUGAAACAUAAACAACUGCCAAUCGUCAAGCUCCUUUUUGAGAACGGUGCAGAUUUGUCCAUACGGGAUCAAUUUGGCAUGACGGCGCUCUGGAAAGCUGUGGGGACUGGACAUCUGCCAGUCGUCAUGCUAUUACUAUCCCUGGGCUCUGAGGUGGACUGCAAAGAUAAACGCAAUCGAACGCCACUGUGGAGGGCUAUAGAAAAAGGCGACCAUGAUAUUGUUGAGGCGCUACUUGAAGCGGGUGCUGAUAUUAAAAUAUCCGACAACAAUGGACAGACGCCAGUGCACCACGCUGCAGAAGAGGGCCAACACGGUAUUUUUGAGCUGCUGCUUGAGGCGGGUGGCGAGAUGACAGAUGCUAUGAGAGUAGCACUGUUCUUAACUGCUAUAAAAAGGGGGGAUUCAGAACGCCUCCAGCAGCAAAUUGAAGCAGGUGCUGAUAUGAAGGUCAGGGAUAAAGAUGGACUUACGCCGCUCUUGAUAGCCAUAAGCUAUGGGUAUUCAGAUAUCAUCCAGCAGCUACUUGACGCAGGCGCUGAGAUGAACGUCAGUGAUGAAGAUGGACUCACGCCGCUCUUGACAGCCAUAAGAUAUGGGCAUUCAGAUAUCAUCCAGCAGCUACAUAAAGCAGGCGCUGACGUGAACGCCAGGGGUGAGGACGGAUGCACGCCGCUCUUAUUUGCUGCACAAAACCGGGUUUCAGAACCGCCCCCUCCCCUCAGGUUCAAAAGAAGGAGUAGUCAAGAGCGUACGGUGCUCAUCAGUGCUGCAGAAGAUGCUGCAAAAGAUGAAAAGCCAAAUAUCCUCGAGCAGCUGAUUAAAGCAGGUGCUGGAGUGGACGUCGGGGAUGAAAAGGGACUCACGCCGCUCAUGGCGGCUGUGGAGAAAAAUGAUGGAAUCAGCGUUCAGACACUGCUUGCUGCCGGCGCUUUGUUGGAUAGCGAGGAUCAUAAAGGGCGGACGGCGAUCGAAGUUGCCAUGGAGAUGAAACAUUACCGUAUGAUGAGUCUGCUACGCAAAGCAGGUACUCCAGAUUUCAAAGAUAACUGA